AUGGUUGGACUUAGCACUAAUGAGUCUUUAUUCUAUGUGGGCUACUCUCAUCUUCCCAAUAUGGGACCGGGUUGUUACAGAUUUGACGAGGACUCAAUUGGAAAUAACAAUAUAAAAGUUGUACCUAAUGGCUUGGCUUUUUUUAUCACAAAGUUCAUUAAUGAAUUGCAAAAACAUGGAAAUCCUGAUAUAGUCAUGGCCUUAGUUGGUAACAAAGCUGAUCUUCAGGAGAAGCGGGAAGUACCAGUUCAGGAUGGCAUUGACUAUGCGGAGAAGAAUGGAAUGUUUUUUAUCGAGACAUCUGCAAAGACGGCAGAUAAUAUAAAUCAGCUGUUUGAGGAAAUUGCCAAGCGGCUACCCCGCCCUCCCGCUUCAUGA